CCGAGCUUAUAUUGUUUGAAGGAUUUUGACUCGCUAUCAGUAUGAUCAGUGUUUAGCACCAUUACUCACAAUGCAUCGCAGCACGUCGUAUAAUUUCUGGCAGCAGGACUCAGAGUUAUACCUACACGUCAAAGCAUCAAGUGCGGAGCACCUGCAUACCAUUACCAGUCAUGAACAGUCGACUUCUCAGCCUCACCAACACGUCCUACAUUCUGUACUAGAGAAUACUGCCUACCACCCCACACCCGUUGUCUCCCAGCAUCACGUUGCGUGUGACGCAGACUCGACGACAGAGGACCAAAUAGUGGUCCCUUGUGAUGACGUACCUGAUGCAGGUAUAUCACCGAUCCCGAUAGCUCAGGGUGACAUUCAUAUUGAUGCUACUGGAUGGUGUCCACACCAUGUUCCUUCCAGCUAUUCUCCCCAUGCCUUUUCCGACUAUUUGCCUGCCCACAGCAUGGGCUUCUCUGACGUAAACUUGCCAACCCUACGCAAGGGUUCCAGCAUGACCUACCCCAUCAAUCACAAGAAGAGGUUUACCUCCAUCCUCGAUAUGCGGUCAGCAAUGAUGAAUCAAAAUCGCACAUCUGUCAUCGUGCGUCUGUGUGCCAGUGGAAUGAUGGUCAUGGCGCAUGCGGUAAGACUAUAAAUGCAGCCAAAACCAAGGAACAUAUGUCAUCAUACCAUUUCAAGUCGCCUUUGCCCUCUGCCAAGCGCUUGAAAUGUUUCUGGAAGGACUGUGAGCUACACAAGCCUGUGCGGCGAGAU